AUGGCCGCAAAGCGGCUUCCCGUAGCCUCCCGGCGAGCGAGGCGAAGCACGCAUGGCGCGCUUGCAAUUGCCUGCUGUUACGCCUGCUGUUUGCUGGCUGGACGGUCCGCUCCGAAAGCCUUUCUACAGGUUGAGGCUCCGCGAAGGAUUGCCUUGGCGCAGCUCUUGGCUACCGCGGUCACUGGGGGCUCGGCGCAAGCGGCCACCGGUGAGCCCGCCAUUGACAUGUACUUCGGACAGGGCUCCUUUUGGCGUGUCCAAAGUGACUUUACAGCCUUAGAAACCAAAGUCUUGGGCCGCUCCGGCACUGCUGUCACUUCCAUCAGCGGCUAUGCUGGCGGUCAGCCUGUCAACAAUCAGCUGGUUUGUUAUCACAACUUGGAAUUUCCCCGGCGUGACUAUUCUAUACUGGGACAUGCAGAGGCUGUGGAGGUUGCCAGCAUACCUGCCGAUAAGAUUGGUACCUUUGCCAAAGCCUUUCUCGAUGCAGUGCCCGUGCCUGCCGCAGAGAGCGAUAGCGACCGCCGGGGGGAACAGGGAGAUGGCGACCAGGGCGGUGGACGUGGCCCGGAAUUCCGGGCCAUACUGGGCCUCCCUGGUGGCUCAGAAUCGCCAUACUUUAAGGACAUUCUCGAUGCAAACGGUGGCCGCCUAAAGCUGGCGGUUGGCAAAGGCAGUGACCCAAGCACUGCCGGCACUGAUGUCGUGUGGAUUUACGACUCCGCGAAAUUCCCAUUCUACCAGGCGGAGCUCUACCAUCAGUUCCAUGAUCAGGAUGCUUCGAAGAAGUCUCCUGAGCGGUACAAGGCCCUGAAGGGGGCGCUGCUUCGGCGGGGACGGCUGCAACCUGUCAGCUGCCCGGAGAGCGAAAUCACUGAGUCAGGUGCCGUAGAUGAGGUGGAGGAUAGCAUGAACUUUGGGGGCUCUGGGUCAGAUCCCUUCGAACCAAUCCUAGGUUUUGGGAAGCCAGAUGCGCCCACCCCGCCCAACAUGAAUCGCGUGCAGAAGAAUUUCCUGGAGUCGUAG